CAUUGGAUUCCUCCCUUCCAAUUGGACUAUUUGAAUUUAAGCUCCUGCUGGAACAUGGGACCCCAAUUCCCAAACUGGCUUCAAACACAAACACAUCUUGAAGACUUAGAUCUUUCAAAUUCGAGUAUUAGGGAUACAAUACCAGAGUGGUUUCAGAACAUCUCCUCUCAUCUUCGAAUCUUGGAUCUGUCCGACAACGAGAUCCAUGGAAAUCUGCCACGAAUAAUAGCGAAUAACAACACAGGGAAUAACGGACUAUGUGGAUUAUUAUUGAGGAGUUGCGAAACAAACAAUAAAUCAAACACUCAUGUUGGUGAUAAUGAAGGUGAAAAUGGCAUAAAAGGUUUCUCGUGGUUUUAUGCUGGUAUGAUCCCGGGAUUUGUUGUAGGCUUCAUGGGACUUUUUGUUAGCUUUCACUAUAUUAGGAUUUGGAGGGUAGUUUACUUUGAGAUGAUAGAGAAUGUUUACACUUUUCUAACUAUCUCAAUUAUAAUGACUUUUGCUCGACUAAGGAAAAAGUUUUUCUAAUGAGGUAUUUGAAUUCAGAAACACUACUUUUUGUAAGUAUAUUUGAUAAUGUAUUUCAUGUUGUAGUUUGACUAUUAAAUAAAUGCGUAUAACUAAGCAUGUGGUUGUUUAA